GCCCCAAAAACAUGAGGGGAAAAACAAGCUGCAGGACGUACAGUAUUCAAGUCUCCCCCAAAUCAAGAAAACUGGUAGAAAUAAGUUCGAAGAAUAGAAUAAACAUCUUCUUUUCUAUCUAUCAACGGUUCACUCAAACUCAUUUUACACCGCCGCCAAUCCGAAAUUCACAAAUGACCGAAAAACUUUCAAAGGAGAUGGAAGAGAGUGUAUGUUUUAUUGUUCGAGCGAUUGCUUUAUUUGGUGAUUGGUAGAAAUGAUCUCCUUGACACUUCUAGACUCACAAUGACAACAGAGAGAAAGCAGGAAUAUUCUCUUGCUCGUCGUAAUUAGAAACUUUCUUCUACUAUAGACAAGAAAUAGGUUUCUAUGAGUUUUUGUGGGGAAUUAGAUUGAUGGGUACUCUUUCUAUGGCUUGUAUACUGUAAGAGAGUUUUUCUACUAUCUUCCACACCAUCCUAUAACUCCUAUAUACAUGUCUCAUAAGAUACAAGCUUUUUGUAAGUUACAGACGAAAUACAGUGGGAAACAGAGAAUUGCAUUGAAUGGGAAGUCUGUUCGUGUGGAACUGGUCGUAGCACAGUUUAUAAAUACAAAAGUAUCUAAAGGAGUUUGGAGAAGAGUAUUAUGUAGAUUGUCAUACUGGCUUAUCAUUAAAUACAAGCCAUUAUUGAUGUAAUAGCUACACAAGUUGUCUAUUCUUUGUUCGACUUUUACCAAGUUGUGAAUAUGUCUUAUAUAAGGACAUCAAUUAAGGCUUCAAAUAUAGUCACUAUAAACCUUCAUUUUCCACAUAUCGAUGCUGAAAAAAGAGUAAAAGAUUGAGCCAAAAA